GCUGCUACUUUGUUAUUUGUUUCACCACACGAAGUGCGGACUUAGCUGUGAUAGCGUCAGUGUUUCUUAAUUUUGUGGAAGAAAAUGCGCACUUAACUACAGGAUCUCUUCUUUGUAUUUCGGUGCCGUUUAACGGCUGAUCAUGGCGCUCCCUCCAUACAUGUUGGGGCCCAACCCCUGGGCUGCAAUGAUGGUGCAGCAGCAGGCCCAGGCCCAACAGUUUGCCCAGGCCCAAGCUCAUGCACAUGCUCAGGCACAGGCUCAGGCUCAGGCUGUUCAUGCCCAUCAGGUGGCAGCUGCCAUGCAAUCGCAGGUUGCCAUGCAAGCCCAGCAAAUUCCAACUGCACCAGCACCUCCAGUCCAGAAGCCGAGAGAUAUUGUACUUACUGAGGAGAAACUUCAAGAAAAGGCCCAAAAAUGGCAACAGCUUCAAUCAAAGAGAUUCUCAGAAAAAAGGAAGUUUGGUUUUGUAGAUGCUCAGAAGGAAGAUAUGCCUCCUGAGCACAUCCGUAAAAUCAUGAGAGAUCAUGGUGAUAUGAGCAGUCGUAAAUAUCGUCAUGAUAAGAGAGUCUACCUUGGAGCAUUGAAGUACAUGCCACAUGCUGUGAUGAAAUUGUUAGAAAACAUGCCCAUGCCAUGGGAACAAAUAAGAGAUGUCAAGGUCUUGUACCAUAUCACAGGGGCAAUUACUUUUGUUAAUGAGAUCCCAUGGGUUGUUGAACCUAUCUACAUUGCUCAGUGGGGAACAAUGUGGAUCAUGAUGAGGCGCGAGAAACGUGAUCGCCGGCACUUCAAGCGUAUGAGAUUUCCACCAUUUGAUGAUGAGGAACCUCCUCUUGACUAUGCUGACAACGUUUUAGAUGUGGAGCCACUUGAAGCCAUCCAGAUUGAUUUAGACCCUGAUGAAGAUGGACCUGUUGCCAAAUGGCUAUAUGAUCACAAGCCUUUGGUGGGCACUAAGUUUGUUAAUGGGUCUACUUACCGGAAAUGGAACUUGUCACUUCCUCAAAUGGCAACACUUUACCGACUGGCAAAUCAGUUGUUGACUGACUUGGUGGAUGACAACUACUUUUAUCUUUUUGAUCACAAGUCAUUCUUUACUGCAAAAGCUCUGAAUAUGGCCAUUCCGGGUGGUCCCAAAUUUGAACCACUUAUCAAGGAUGCAAACCCUGCUGAUGAAGAUUGGAAUGAAUUUAAUGACAUCAACAAAAUCAUUAUAAGGCAACCUAUUCGUACAGAGUACAGAAUUGCUUUCCCUUAUCUUUACAACAACCUGCCUCACUAUGUACACUUGUCAUGGUAUCACACACCUAAUGUUGUGUACAUCAAGACAGAAGAUCCUGAUUUGCCAGCUUUCUAUUUUGACCCCUUGAUUAACCCAAUUUCACAUAGGCAUACAACUAAGGUGGUUGAACCUCUGCCUGAGGAUGAUGAAGACUUUGAGCUGCCUGCUGAAGUCCAGCCAUUCCUCCAAGAAACACCCCUUUAUACCGACAACACAGCCAAUGGCAUUUCCCUUCUGUGGGCACCCAGGCCUUUCAACAUGAGAUCUGGAAGAACAAGACGAGCCAUUGAUAUUCCACUUGUGAAAUGUUGGUACAGGGAGCAUUGCCCUCCUGGCCAGCCUGUUAAAGUCAGAGUCAGUUACCAGAAAUUGUUGAAGUACUAUGUUCUGAAUGCUCUGAAACAUAGACCUCCUAAGCCACAGAAAAAAAGGUACCUUUUCAGGUCCUUUAAAUCAACCAAGUUUUUCCAGACCACUACCCUUGACUGGGUUGAAGCAGGCCUCCAAGUGUGUCGACAAGGCUACAACAUGUUAAACUUACUCAUUCAUCGUAAAAAUCUGAACUACCUCCACUUGGAUUACAAUUUCAAUUUGAAGCCAGUCAAAACUCUAACAACUAAAGAGAGAAAGAAGUCUCGGUUUGGUAAUGCCUUCCACUUGUGCAGAGAAAUUUUGCGGUUGACAAAGUUGAUUAUUGAUUCACAUGUUCAAUACCGCCUGAACAAUGUUGAUGCCUUCCAAUUGGCUGAUGGUCUCCAGUAUGUCUUUGCCCAUGUUGGUCAACUAACUGGAAUGUACAGAUACAAGUACAAACUUAUGAGGCAAAUUCGUAUGUGCAAGGAUUUGAAGCAUCUUAUCUACUAUCGGUUCAAUACCGGACCAGUAGGUAAAGGUCCUGGCUGUGGGUUUUGGGCUCCAGGAUGGAGAGUGUGGUUGUUCUUCAUGAGAGGCAUCACACCACUUUUGGAAAGAUGGUUAGGUAACUUGCUGUCACGUCAAUUUGAAGGUCGUCACUCCAAGGGUGUUGCCAAAACUGUCACAAAGCAAAGAGUGGAGAGUCACUUUGACCUGGAGUUGCGUGCUUCUGUCAUGCAUGACAUUGUCGACAUGAUGCCUGAAGGCAUAAAACAGAACAAAGCCCGUACUAUCUUGCAACAUCUUUCUGAAGCAUGGCGCUGCUGGAAAGCCAACAUUCCAUGGAAGGUUCCUGGGCUUCCUACACCUAUUGAAAACAUGAUUUUAAGAUAUGUGAAAAUGAAGGCUGACUGGUGGACAAACACAGCUCAUUACAAUCGUGAGCGAAUUCGUAGAGGAGCCACUGUUGAUAAGACCGUGUGUAAGAAGAAUUUGGGUAGGUUGACUCGACUGUAUCUCAAAGCAGAACAGGAACGUCAACAUAACUAUCUGAAGGAUGGACCUUACAUCUCUCCUGAGGAGGCUGUUGCCAUCUACACAACAACUGUCCACUGGCUUGAGUCAAGACGUUUUGCUCCUAUUCCAUUCCCUCCUUUGUCUUACAAGCACGAUACUAAACUGCUUAUUUUGGCGCUGGAAAGGCUGAAAGAAGCUUACAGUGUUAAGUCACGUCUCAAUCAGAGCCAAAGAGAAGAGUUGGGUCUUAUUGAACAAGCAUAUGACAACCCUCAUGAAGCUUUGUCUCGUAUCAAGCGUCACUUACUCACCCAAAGGUCAUUUAAGGAAGUUGGAAUCGAAUUCAUGGAUUUAUACAGUCACCUGGUUCCUGUUUAUGAUGUUGAACCAUUGGAGAAGAUUACUGAUGCUUAUCUUGACCAGUACCUUUGGUAUGAAGCAGACAAACGAAGGCUAUUCCCACCUUGGGUUAAACCAUCCGACACUGAACCUCCACCACUCUUGGUUUACAAGUGGUGUCAAGGAAUCAACAAUCUUCAGGAUGUAUGGGAUUGCUCAGAAGGAGAAUGCAAUGUUCUGCUUGAAAGCAAGUUUGAAAAAAUCUAUGAGAAGAUUGAUUUGACUCUUCUCAAUAGGCUGCUCCGUCUCAUAGUUGACCACAACAUUGCUGAUUACAUGACUGCCAAGAACAAUGUUGUCAUUAACUACAAAGAUAUGAAUCAUACAAAUUCAUAUGGUAUCAUUCGUGGUCUGCAAUUUGCAUCCUUCAUCGUACAAUACUAUGGUCUUGUACUGGACCUGCUGGUCUUGGGCUUGCAACGUGCUAGUGAAAUGGCCGGACCACCUCAAAUGCCAAAUGAUUUCCUAACUUUCCAAGAUGUCCCCACUGAGUCUUCUCAUCCCAUACGCCUGUACUGCAGAUACAUUGACAGAGCUCACAUUUUCCUAAGGUUUUCAGCUGAGGAAGCUCGUGACUUGAUUCAGAGGUAUCUUACCGAGCACCCUGAUCCUAACAAUGAAAAUAUUGUUGGCUACAACAACAAGAAGUGCUGGCCUAGAGAUGCUCGAAUGCGUCUAAUGAAGCAUGAUGUUAAUUUGGGAAGAGCUGUUUUUUGGGAUAUUAAAAACAGAUUACCUCGCUCUACAACCACAAUUCAGUGGGAAAACAGCUUUGUUAGUGUGUAUUCUAAGGAUAAUCCCAACUUGUUGUUCAAUAUGAGUGGCUUUGAGUGUCGUAUUCUUCCCAAGUGCCGCACCACUCAUGAGGAGUUCACCCAUCGUGAUGGUGUGUGGAAUCUUCAAAAUGAAAUUACCAAGGAACGAACUGCUCAAUGUUUCCUUCGGGUUGAUGAUGAAUCAAUGCAGCGUUUCCACAACAGGGUCAGGCAAAUUCUCAUGGCUUCUGGUUCAACAACUUUCACUAAGAUUGUAAACAAAUGGAAUACUGCUCUCAUUGGCCUUAUGACUUACUUCCGUGAAGCUGUUGUCAAUACUCAAGAGCUUCUGGAUCUCCUAGUAAAGUGUGAAAACAAGAUUCAAACACGUAUCAAGAUUGGUUUGAACUCUAAAAUGCCUUCCCGUUUCCCUCCUGUUGUGUUCUACACCCCAAAGGAGUUGGGUGGUCUUGGAAUGCUGUCCAUGGGCCAUGUUCUUAUUCCUCAAUCUGAUUUGAGAUGGUCUAAGCAAACUGAUGUGGGAAUCACUCAUUUCCGUUCAGGUAUGAGCCAUGAUGAAGACCAACUUAUUCCCAAUCUGUACCGAUACAUUCAACCUUGGGAAAGUGAAUUCAUUGAUUCUCAAAGAGUGUGGGCUGAAUAUGCCCUGAAAAGACAAGAAGCUAAUGCCCAAAACAGACGUUUGACACUUGAAGAUUUAGAAGAUUCAUGGGACCGAGGUAUUCCCCGAAUCAAUACAUUGUUCCAGAAGGACAGGCAUACUCUUGCCUAUGAUAAGGGUUGGCGUAUCCGAACAGAAUUCAAGCAAUACCAAGUACUGAAACAGAACCCCUUCUGGUGGACACAUCAGAGGCACGACGGAAAGUUGUGGAACUUGAACAACUACCGUACUGAUAUGAUUCAGGCAUUGGGUGGUGUUGAGGGUAUUUUGGAACACACCUUAUUCAAAGGCACUUAUUUCCCAACAUGGGAAGGUUUGUUCUGGGAGAAAGCAUCAGGAUUCGAAGAAUCAAUGAAAUACAAGAAGCUGACAAAUGCCCAGCGUUCUGGUUUGAACCAGAUCCCGAACCGUCGUUUCACUCUCUGGUGGUCUCCUACCAUCAACAGAGCCAACGUGUAUGUUGGUUUCCAGGUGCAACUAGAUUUGACUGGAAUUUUCAUGCACGGCAAGAUCCCCACUCUCAAGAUCUCCCUCAUCCAAAUCUUCAGAGCUCACUUGUGGCAGAAAGUCCAUGAGUCAAUUGUUAUGGAUUUGUGUCAAGUUUUUGAUCAAGAAUUGGAUGCUUUGGAAAUUGAAACUGUUCAGAAGGAAACAAUUCAUCCUCGUAAAUCUUACAAAAUGAACUCAUCUUGUGCUGAUGUCUUAUUGUUUGCUGCCUACAAGUGGAAUGUUUCAAGACCAUCACUACUGGCAGACUCCAAAGACACCAUGGACAAUACUACAACUCAAAAGUAUUGGAUAGAUGUUCAGCUGAGAUGGGGAGAUUAUGACUCCCAUGAUAUUGAACGUUAUGCUAGGGCUAAAUUCCUUGAUUACACAACGGAUAACAUGUCCAUCUAUCCUUCUCCUACGGGUGUUCUAAUUGCUAUUGACUUGGCAUACAACUUGCAUAGUGCUUACGGCAAUUGGUUCCCUGGUUCCAAGCCUCUGAUUCAGCAGGCCAUGGCCAAAAUCAUGAAAGCCAACCCUGCACUGUAUGUGCUUAGAGAACGUAUUCGUAAGGCACUACAACUCUACUCCUCAGAGCCCACUGAACCAUACUUGUCUUCACAGAACUAUGGUGAACUCUUCUCUAACCAGAUCAUCUGGUUUGUUGAUGAUACUAAUGUGUAUCGUGUUACAAUCCACAAAACAUUUGAAGGAAAUUUAACCACUAAACCUAUCAACGGUGCUAUUUUCAUCUUCAACCCAAGAACAGGACAGUUAUUCCUGAAGAUUAUUCACACAUCUGUGUGGGCAGGACAGAAGCGUCUUGGACAACUUGCUAAAUGGAAAACUGCAGAAGAAGUUGCUGCAUUGAUUCGGUCGUUACCUGUUGAAGAACAACCUAAACAAAUUAUUGUUACAAGAAAGGGUAUGCUUGACCCUCUGGAAGUCCAUUUGCUGGACUUCCCAAAUAUUGUCAUCAAAGGUUCAGAACUUCAGCUGCCAUUCCAAGCUUGUUUAAAGGUUGAAAAGUUUGGUGAUUUGAUUCUGAAGGCCACAGAACCUCAAAUGGUUCUCUUCAACUUGUACGAUGAUUGGUUGAAGACUAUUUCAUCCUACACUGCUUUCUCUAGGCUUAUUCUUAUUCUGCGUGCUCUUCACGUCAACACAGAGAGAACUAAAGUUGUCCUGAAACCAGACAAAACAACCAUCACAGAACCGCAUCAUAUUUGGCCUACUUUGACUGAUGAUGAAUGGAUUAAGGUGGAAGUGCAGUUAAAGGAUUUAAUUCUUGCAGAUUACGGCAAGAAGAACAAUGUCAAUGUAGCCUCACUAACUCAGUCUGAGAUCCGAGAUAUCAUUCUUGGUAUGGAAAUCAGUGCUCCCUCCGCUCAACGUCAACAGAUUGCAGAAAUUGAAAAGCAAACUAAAGAACAAAGUCAACUGACUGCCACAACAACACGUACAGUCAACAAGCAUGGUGAUGAAAUUAUUACGUCUACUACAUCAAAUUAUGAAACCCACACUUUCAGUUCCAAGACUGAAUGGAGAGUUCGGGCCAUAUCUGCAACCAACUUGCACUUACGGACAAACCAUAUCUAUGUCCAAUCAGAUGAUAUCAAGGAAACUGGUUACACUUAUAUUCUUCCUAAAAAUGUUCUUAAGAAGUUUGUCACAAUAUCUGAUCUGCGAGCCCAGAUUGCUGGUUACCUGUAUGGUGUUAGUCCACCAGAUAAUCCACAGGUGAAGGAGAUCAGGUGUAUAGUGAUGGCUCCUCAGUGGGGUACUCAUCAGACAGUUCAUCUUCCUGGGCAACUACCUCAGCAUGCCUAUCUUAAGGAAAUGGAACCUCUUGGUUGGAUCCACACACAACCGAAUGAAUUACCUCAACUUUCACCUCAGGACAUCACAACACAUGCCAAAGUUAUGGCUGACAAUGCUUCGUGGGAUGGAGAGAAGACUAUCAUCAUCACUUGCAGCUUCACACCUGGCUCAUGCUCCCUCACAGCGUACAAGCUGACCCCUAGUGGAUUUGAAUGGGGUCGUCAGAAUACUGACAAAGGAAAUAAUCCUAAAGGCUAUUUACCCUCCCAUUAUGAAAAAGUUCAGAUGCUUCUUUCAGACCGUUUCCUUGGUUUCUUUAUGGUACCUGCUCAAGGUUCAUGGAAUUACAACUUCAUGGGUGUCCGUCAUGACCCUAAUAUGAAAUAUGAGCUUCAACUAGCCAAUCCGAAAGAGUUUUAUCAUGAAGUCCAUAGGCCUGCUCAUUUCCUCAAUUUCUCAUCUCUUGAAGAUGGUGAUGGAGUUGGUGCAGACAGAGAAGAUCUAUAUACCUAAGCAGCUUGAGGUCCACUGUGUGGAUUGCAUUUACGUGCUUUAGGGAGAGUAUUGACUUCAUCCUGCUAGUGUAGAAAAUCAAUGUGGCAGGAUGAAUAUUACUGUGAUAGUAUGCAGAUACAUCAGUCCAAUGAAGUCAGUGUUAGUAUUUUAAUCUUUUUAGUUCACUUUUGUGGAAUAGCUUCUCAUAAUCACCUCAUUGUUUUUUCUUUACGUUUUGAUUUUGGAUAGUAUGGGUACAUUCCUCUAAGGGUGUGCAUGACUCUUCUGUCAAGAUUGUCUGUUUUUUUAUUCUUUCAAGUAAAGGCUCAUUAAAGUUCUCUGUAAUUUUAGGACAAUGUG